CUGUUGGCAGACGAGGGCGCUUCACCGCCACACACUCUCUCUCUCUCACACACACAAACACGCGAUAUAUAUGGAGUGUGUUUCUGCACCAGUGUGCGUGAAGCUCUUCAACGGGACUAAAUGACCACCUGUAUGUCCAGAUAGGAGAGAGGAAAGCCCGCUCCGGGACAAGUCCAUGUCUGCGUGAAGACGAAGCUCGAGCUCGCGGAGAACGUGAAGAACCAGCAGAUGACAAACUUCUGAGAAGUCAAUCUGUGCAGUUUUCCGGGACGACACUUUGAGAAAACGACAUGCCGGUCUCACUGCACUGCUUCCUGUUGAUGGUCCUCAUGUCCUCGCUGUCCACACCAGGAGCUGCGUUCCUCAGGGACUGGGAUCACAUGACCACACCAGAUCCCCUCGAGCCUCAUUUCACUGAGUGCGUGUCAAGGAACCAGGAGACCUUUCGCUGCUGGUGGAGUCCAGGAAGCCUGCAGAACCUGUCCUCUCUUGAGGAUCUGAAAGUUUACUACUUCAAGAAAGACAGCUCCUCUUCCAUUGAGUGGAAAGAGUGUCCAGACUACAGCCCCGCUCACAGAGAGUGCUACUUCGAUUCAAACCACACGUCCAUCUGGGUCCCAUACUGCCUCCAGCUGCGUGGCCAAAAUGUCACGUAUUUCAACGAGGAAGACUGUUUCACUGUGGAAAAUAUUGUCCGUCCUGACCCCCCAGUGUCUCUUAACUGGACCCAGCUGAAUAUGAGCCCCUCUGGAAGGAGCUCUGAUGUCAUGGUGAGCUGGGAGGCGCCACCCUCCGCGGAUGUCAAAGCCGGUUGGAUACGCCUCCAGUAUGAGCUUCAGUACCGAGAGAAAAACUCCCCAAACUGGAAGGCCCUGGAGAUCCAGCCCCACACCCAUCAACCCAUCUACGGGCUGCGAGUCGGCACUGAAUAUGAAGUUCACGUCCGCUCAAGGAUGCACGCCUUCGUUAAAUUUGGAGACUUCAGCGAGUCCAUCUUCAUCGAAGUCUCAGAUAGUUUUGGGAAAGAGUCGACAUAUUCCUUCACUCUAAUUCUAAUAUUUGGCUUGGUGGUGAUUCUCGUGCUCAUCAUGUUGAUCGCUGUCUCACAGCAACAUAGGUUAAUGAUGGUUCUGUUGCCGCCUGUUCCAGCUCCGAAAAUCAAGGGCAUCGACUCUGAAAUGUUGAAGAAAGGCAAGCUGGAAGAGCUGAAUUUAAUCCUGAGUGGUGGCGGUAUGGGCGGCCUGUCCACGUACACUCCGGACUUCUACCAGGACGAGCCCUGGGUUGAGUUCAUCGAGGUGGAUUUGGAUGAUCCAGAAGCUUUGGAGAAGGAGAGCACAGGCUCAGACACCCAAAAGCUGUUGGGUCUGUCCCAACCCGUCGGCCACCACAACCACGCAGCCUGCUCCAACUCCAGCAGCUUUCCUAGCACCGACUCAGGUCGGGCCAGCUGCUAUGACCCGGAUCUGCCGGAUCAGGAUACACUGAUGCUCAUGGCCACGCUGCUGCCGGGCCAAGCAGAGGAAAGGGAGUCCGUCUCGGACCCGACAUAUGAGCAAGACCGAAAUGAGAACCAGACUCCACCGGGUCCUCAGACAUGGGUCAACACAGACUUUUACGCCCAGGUCAGCAACGUCAUGCCCUCUGGUGGCGUGGUUCUGUCUCCAGGCCAGCAGCAGAAGAUCCAGGAGAACACUGUGACCACAGGUGAGGGGGAGGAGAAGAUAAAAAAAAGAUGUCAGGAGAUCGAGUGUGAAAAUGACCCGUCGGCGCUGCAUUUUCAUCUGCUGGUUGUUGACCCUGAGGGAAGUGGAUACACUUCAGAGAGCAACGCAGAACAGGUCAUCAAUUCCCAGAGUCCCACCACGCCCCACACAGGCUAUCAAUCCAUACCGCCGGCGGAGUCUCCAGCGGAGGAGCAUCAAUCACCCUACAUCCCUCCCGACUCGCCACAGCUCAUUGCUCCUGUUGCAGACUACACAGUGGUACAAGAGGUUGACUCUCAGAACAGCCUGCUGCUGAACCCACCACCCAUCCAGGCUCCGCCCCUCUGCCUGCCACAGCAACCCAUCAAGGCCGUUCCCGUGAUGCCUGUGGGUUACGUCACCCCAGAAUUGUUUGGGAACCUGUCACCCUGAAGGGGAGGAGUCUGACUGAGUCCACUUGAUUUCUGCUGAAGCCCAGAAAACCUCCAGAACUCCUGGUUCUUCUUCAGUGGGUGCAGAAAGUAAAUGUGAAUUGCUACGAGGUUUGGAUAGAGUCAGUCCGUCCAGGGUUUGUCCAGUUUGCCAAGAAAACAUUUUCAGCUCAGAGAAACUCAACAAUACAGCAUGUUUCGAAGACGUUUACUAAUCUCUUCUUCAUUCACCAAAUCGUAUCUUGGCUGAUAUCAGAAGUUUACUCUUCAAUGCUGACUGUGAAAUACAAACCAAACGCACACAUAUUGACAAAAUCGAUUCAGUCAGAAUCCGCUCGCCUGCCUUGGAUCUUUUUGCCAAAUAUGCACCAGCUUUAUAAAGUCUUAAUAUAUGAGAGGGUAUGAUGAUGCCUGAGGUCCUGUUCGGUGUGAAACUGCUUUAUUGUUUUGUUUUUUUAUUUAAUGAAACUAAUCUUUGCAAAAUUCAUCAAAAUAUUCAUGUCAAAGGAUGAAAAAAGUAUGUAUUUUAUGAAUUACAUUCAUUAUUUGAAGAACAUUUAUGAAUCAAAAGCCCAUGUAUAUUACUAUGUUUGUGAAAAAAUAUAUAAAUACAUAUAUUUUAAAUAUAUGUAUUAAUCAGUUCUCGACCCCAGUUAUGGUGAACAGAAAUGUUCAAAAACUGACACUAAAAUGAAACAAUUGUUAGGGUUUUUUUGUUGCGUAAUUCUUUAAAAUAACUCUUGCCUAGCUGAGAGGGAUGAAACCUUUCAGACUUUAAAUGUAAACUUGUUUUAUCACACUCAAAUAAUGUGUCGUUUUCAAUAGAAUAGUCAUUAAAAUUGUAGUUAUUUUUUUGAUUUUUAUUUUAAUCUACAGUCAUUGUUUAACCCUUUUAACGAUUGUUCUUAAAUACCAAUAAAUAUAAAUACCCCAAAAUAUUUUCCAUAAAGCACUUUUUCUUUUCUUUGGAAAAUCCAAAUCCUUUUUUCAAUCCUGUUUUUUUCUCCACACAUUAAUCUCAAUGUUUAGUGUUUUUUGUGUACAGACUGACAAAAGCAAAACCAACUAGCAACUUCUUCUGAAUAUUUUAAGGUUUAUGUCUUGGAAUUGUUAACAAAUGAAAUGAGCUGAUUUUUUUUUUUAACAGCAACAUUUAUUUGAAUGUAGAGUAAUGAAAAUUAGAGUCCCAAAUAGAAACAUCAAUCAUAAUGCACAAAGGUUUAAACUGCCCUAAAUAAUUCCUAUAAAUCUGAAGGACUACACAUACUAACCACCAGAACCGUUGAUUUUCUACCGUCUUCUUCGAUUUUAAAUAAAUAUUUCGCACCAAAACCUGGCAAAAAAAAGGAAAACAAUUACAAUGAAGUCAAUGCCAUAUGCUUGGUAGUGUAGCCAAUUUUCAUCCACUCUUGCAUCAUCAGUAUUUUAAUAGAGAUAUAUUUUUAUAUGAAACGUCUGUAUGGAGCUGCCAGGAUCCAAGUUUCGGGCACAUUCAAAAUUGUUUUAAUUCGGGGGAGACGAAAGAGCUUUUGUCUCAGUUGGUGAAAACAAAAGUGCCUUGCUCAACAGCACACCAGUGAGCUCAAGACAAUUUAUCUUCUGCUCAAUACUCACGCAAGAAAUAUCAUGUAUAUCAGGGACAGUGACUGGAGCAUGUUUAUUAGCAGUAGUCUUUUUAUAUGUCAGCGCUAUGUGUUUCCGAGCUUUUAAAUAAUUCAAACUUGACUUCAGAUGUAUAAAAAAAUGUACAGGGGAAGAGUUGUAUGUUCAAAAGUUGUGAAAAUUUAUUUUUCUACCGUUGGUGGUUUUGUAACAGGAUGGUAACUUGGCUACAAAAAGGUAUUUUAAUAGGGAUUUUAUGGACAAAUCUGGUGACAGAUGGAAGCCGAGCAUCUGCCAAUAGCUCCAGAAUCAGAUGGAGAUACGUGUUAUUCUGUCAUGACACUAGUUUUAAUGAAAUGUAAUUCAUUUGUUCUUCAUGUUUUUUUUUGUAAUUACAUUUUUUAAAUGAAAUAGUCUAGGUAAAAAAGCAAAUCUUGGGGGACUCAUUAACGUGGGCUGUUACUGUGGAAAGAAAAUACAAGUACAUGGAUGAGCUGUUUCUUGGUGAUAAUAUGCCAUAGCUAAUCCAUUGUUUGAUAUUUUUGUGACUCAGCUUGUGCCAAGAUAAAAGUAAGUAGCUUAUCUACUAGCGUUUGUAGUAAUCAUUUGAUAAGCCCACGUACGUUUGGCUAAUACAGUACAAGUUAUCCAAUUCACUAUUUUAAAAGUUUAAAUUACAGUUAGUAAAAAAAAAGUUUGUCAUAAAUUACUUUUGUCAAAAGGACCGUCUCGAUGAAAGGUCGUCGUGAUCGAUGUGAAGAGCAAAGUGUACACAUUCAUGUUCUUUAUACAACAACACAUGUAGCGUCCGGUUUACAAUGAGCUGCCACGGCAUUAUUGUGUACAGCACGUUGAGCUUUAAUUUCCAUGUGUCGGUGACACACUACAGACGACUCACACACUGCCUCUGAGAUGGAAUAAAGACAGACAAACACUGGUCGAGCUCUUCUCUUUGACUCAGUCCUGUGAAGAGCAAAUAGCAAGCAAAUAUGAAAUAGAUGACCUAGAUGGAGCCUUUUUUCUAAUUGGUAACACAACAAUUGACCCUCUUGUGAAUUAUAAAUGUAACUACAGUUUAGUUUUCCGCUUGAUCAGGUAUGUGAUGUUUACAGUGUCGAAUGAUGAGGUCAUUGAACGCACCAGAGGCCAUUUGUUUUGUGACUGUGAAUACAAAAGAGUUAUGUAACUAUUUUUAGCGUUGAAUAUUACAGCACUGUUUAAAAAAACUCACCUAACACUAAUAUUCUGUAUAAUUAUUUUCAUUUUAUUUUCCCCUCAGAAUUACUGUGUUUUAAGGACAAUAUGGGGCACUUAAACAGAUGGUGUGUGUUAAGCAAUGCUAGCUUUGCAUAAACUGGAAUAUGGAACUACAGUAUGAACUGAAUUUUCUUUUCAACUAUGUCGGCAUGGGAAAUUUGGAGGUCCUUCUCUUCCCCAUUUUGCUUCAUGUUAGUUUGCCACAUUGAUUUAACUUACUCUCCCAGGUUCUGAAAUGUUACAGACACUUUAGAGGAAGCACUUUGUACCUGUUUUCAUAUGUUGUACAUGUAUGUGAAUGAUUUUCCUUCUGCAGUCGGUGUUAGCAGUAGUACAUGUAGGUUUUAUAAUUCAGCGCAGUGACACAGUCAAUGAGCAUUCUUUGGUCUCAAUAAGCUAAUUUCUUUCCGUGGAAUGUUUGCCUCGUGGUCAUGUCUAGUGCCAUGGAGGGUUACGUGUGUUUAUAUUUGUAUUAUUCAAUUUAUAACAGACGGCACACUGAUGUAUGUACUUUAUAUUCCCAUUAAAAGUUGUUCAAAAAUUGCAACGUUGAGACGCAAGCCUGUUUCUCUUUGAUCUAUGUUAAAUCAUGACGGAUUAUAAUUGUGAACAAAUGAAUCCCCAGCAAAAAUUAUGUUACUAUCUAUUUUUAAUUUGUCCUCUUUAAAAGUGUCAAAUCUCUUCACAGUGCUGAUGGUCAGUGGUUGAAGUCUGUUUAUCUACAGCUGCUUUGUGUGUCUUAUGAAGUCAGCUACAAUAUAUAUGUUUAUCGAUUCAAGCCUGGAUUUGGACGUGGAUGUAGUAAAAAAAUAAAUAAAAUAACUAAACAGCAGUGCUAUUGCUUGUGAGCCCCUGAUCGUCAGCUCUGCUGCCUGCUGUCUCCUCGGAGGGUUGUAAUCUGUGAUGACCUUAUCUUCUUAUUCGUAUUGUAUCGGUGUAAUGGAUGGCCUUUCAAAAAAGUUACACAAUAAAAGUAUAUUGCAGCAGCUGAA